GAUCCAGCAGUUCAUUUCCUGUUGUGUUGCGAGCGUGUUUCGUUUCCAGACGAAUAUUCUCAGAAGAUCCGUUCGUGUACUCUAAACGUAAACACUUUUGGCUCGCGUAGUUUUGACAGCUGAAUUCGUAAGUAGCUAUUGUGUCGAUUGAUGCAUGAUGGAGGAGGAAGAUGAGCAGCAGAACGCAGCGCAGGGCCCUCUGCAUGGAGUCCCAGAUCUCUACAGUAUUCUUCGUGGAGAGGUCGUAUCCGUAACUACAUAUGGAGCAUUUGUCAAAGUUGAGGGCUUCAAGAAACAAGGCUUGGUUCAUGUUAGUGAAAUGUCUGCAUGUCGUGUGGAGAACCCCGCCGAGAUCGUGGAUGUUGGAGAACAAGUCUGGAUUAAGGUGAUUGGGAGAGAGAUCACUGGAGAGAAAGUAAAGCUUUCCUUUUCCAUGAAGGCUGUCAAUCAAGGCUCUGGAAAGGACCAGGACCCAAAUAAUGUGAUGGCGGAGCAAGAUGAACGAAGGAGGAGGAGGUUUAAGGAUCUUACAGGACAGAGGAUAACCUUAGAGGCUGUGCUGAACACUACAUGCAAGAAAUGUGGCUGCAAGGGUCACUUUGCUGCGGACUGCUUCUCUCAGGGUGGAGCGCAGUACAGUCUGCUUCCAGAUGAAGAGACAGUAGAGCCAGUUGCUCAAACUAGUCAGCCAGUGCCAUCGUCUGAUAAACAGGAGGAGAAAAGGGGGAAAAAAAGAAAGAAAGAGAAAAAAGAGAAGAAACGGAAUGACCACAGCAGUGAUGAGAAGUCCUCCAAGAAGGCUCGGCACUCUCACUCAAAGAAGAAAAAGCACAAGAAGCACAAAAAACAGAAAUGAGCAGUUUCAUGUGUUUUUGUUAAAUAUACACUUAUAUAGACCAGUUAUUGCACAUCUGAUACCUGGUUAGUGUAUAAUUUGCUAUUGUUUAAAAUGAAAGGAAGGUGGAACUGUUCAACGUGGAGUCAUUGAAGAGUCAAUAUGAAACCAAACAUGAUUUGUUUACUUUUUUCUGUUUUGUGUUUUAAGUAAUUGUAUUUGACAGUUAGACCCUUAAAUGUUAAUUAGCCUACAGGAGAACGCAUUUUGUGAGUUAGAGACUGUUUAAUAUGAUGCAUACAAAUGUGAUAAUUGAAAUAAACACUGAAUAGACCUAUGAAAAAUACAUUUAUAUUAAAAGCUAUUUUCAAUUUCAA